AUGAAGUUUCUUUGCUUACAUGGCGCGUUUGGGAGCGCAGCGGGCUUCAAAGUGCAGCUGAGACCAUUUGUCGAUGAGGUCGCCCGCGCGAAUUCCAGCUCCUUCGUAUGGGUAGACGGAUUGCACCCAUCAGAGGCGCCCGUCGGCUAUACAGAAUUCUUCGGCGGACCUCCUUACUACCGCCAUAUGCAGUAUGAAGGUACUGAAGGCCUGGACCAGUUGAUGUCACGCGUCCGCGAGUUCCCUGAGGGCUUAGGUGCGGAGGAUACACUCCGCUUCUUGAUCCGAGGGUUUGACGAGCUACCAAGCAAGGCUCUCGAAGAGUCCUUGGGUCGGCUGUUUGACAUCAUAGAUAAGGAUCCUGAGAUUGACGGCAUCCUGGGCUACUCGGAAGGUGCAAUUCUAGCUUCAACGCUCAUACUAGAAGAACAACGGCGACUGGAAGAGGAGGGUAUUCCGCGCCGUAUCAAGGUCGGUUACGCUGCUUGCAACUGUGAGGUGAAUCUAAUGCGUUUUCAGGGCGCUAUUUUCUUCUCGGGCUGGCCGCCCGUCCGGUAUCGAGAUGGCAAAAUGCAACAUCUGCUAGCAGAUGAGUGCGACAGCAUCGUUGACGUGCCAACGUGCCACAUCGUCGGCUGUAACGACCCUUAUAUCCACGGGGCUAUAGCACUCUACAACAUGUGCGAUGAGGAUACGGUGGUAUUGUUUGAUCACGGCAAGGGGCAUACAGUACCGAGGGAUAAGAAGACGAUCAAAGAGCUGGCAGAAACAAUUACCAUGACCAUACACAAAGCUACAUGUUUGUUGGGCUAA